AUGUCACAGCAACUCAACUCACUGCAGCACAAAGAACCAUGGGAUGUGCCCCCAGAAGUCCUAGCGACAGAUGCAGUGUUCCAGAUGACUGUGAUCUUCCAGCUGAUGGCUUUCUGCCUGGGUCUCCUCUCCACCCUCCUCCUGGUCAUAGCCACCUGCACCGAUUGCUGGAUGGUUAAUGCUGAUGAUAGCUUGGAGGUCAGCCUCAAAUGCCGGGGGCUGUGGAGGGAAUGUGUCACCAACGUGCAGGAUGGCAUCAGGACUUGUGACCAAUAUGACUCCAUUUUAGCAGGCCAUCCAUUGAAGAUCGUGGUGACGCGAGCACUGCUGAUCACAGCUGACAUUCUGGCGGGCUUGGCUCUGAUUACGCUGCUGUUGGGUCUGGACUGCAUCAAGUUUCUCAAGGAAGCGCCCCAUAUCAAACUGAAGAUGUGCUACAUGGCUGGGUUAACCCUUGGCCUUGGAAGCGUCUUUGGCAUGGUCGGCUCCGUGUGGUAUGCGGUGGAUGUCUAUGUGGAGAGAGCUACUCUGAUAUUACACGACGUAUUCCUGGGGAUCCACUACGACUUCGGGUGGUCUUGCUGGCUGGGAAUGGUUGGUUCGACAGGUUGCUUUAUGGCAUCCAUCAUGCUAACCUGCUGCCUUUAUAUCUUCACAGAUGCUAGCCCCUCCAGGAGACCUCAAAGGUCCAUCUACCCCUCUGGAAGAACUGCCACUGGGCGGCUGUACGUGAUAAACUCCCGAGUGUAAUGAAGUAGCUGCACCUCCAAGGAUACCUGCCUCCAGUCCCACUCUCGGCGUCUGCUGCUCUCCCAGAGCGACCAAACCUCCUGAAAUUGCCAGACAGAGCCAGACUGUUCUACGCAGCCUGGAAUCCUUUUCUCUGGAUUUGCUUUUGAAGUGAGGGCAUCAUGUCAGGUUCCAGCUUGUGACAGUGACUCUUUGACCGUGAGCAAUUAAUUUUCCAGAACCUUGAUGUGUUUUUAGGGCAAUUCAUGAAUGUUUCUGUCGUGUUCUGUAAGUGUAGCGUAGCUGCAAGGGGCUUUAAGGUACUCCACACAGAGGCUGGCAUCAUGUU